AUGGAAAGUGAACUUCCUGUUAACCUAUUUAAGUUUCUUUCUCUCAAUCCUUCGGAUUCUACUACGAAAGAAACAGAAAGCCAGAAGAAAAGUAGUUCCAAAGCUUCGGGGACAGAGGAACAGAUCUAUAGGGAGAGCUUCAAGGAACCCCCUCCAUUGGCAAACCUCCUCAACCUGGGGGGUCGAUUUGUGGGCCGCGGAUGUGGUGAGGGAGUGCGUCCCUUCGAUGGAAUCAUGCGCCACUUCUUUGUGGAGACUGUGGGUCAGUUAAAAAUCUGGCGCAUUUCGGAAUAUAUUGCGAAACCUCUAGAAGUGGAACAUUAUGGUCAGUUCUCUCGGGGAGAGACCUAUGUCAUUCGUUGGCCCUUCCGUAUCUAUAACAAUCUGUACUCCAGCAAAAAGCUGUCAAGUUUUUGUGUUUUGGAUUCUCCACGAGUAAGGCUCAACUUUCCCCGAGUUACUGAAGACAGUGAUCAUCUCAGUAGUCGGCAGGAGGCAAAGAAGAAUGAGAUGAAGAUGAACAACACAAGUGUAGCUCAGAAGGCCACAGGUGAUCAAUGCGCCUACUUCUUUUGGCAUGGUUCCACCAGCAAGAUUACUCAACAGGGCUCUGCGGCCCUCAUGACUGUUGAAAUGGACAAGGAACGCGGUCCCCAGAGACCAUCAGUUCGAAUGUUCCUUGUUCGUGGAGAACGAGGCCCUGAAUCCCAUCUCUGGCAAGUUGUCGCCGAACUGAACUCCCUGCGCUCCUAUGGAAUCUUCCUCGUUGUGCAGAAUGGCAAGGAGGAAAGCGAUGACAGGUGUUGGUUGUGGAUAGGAUCCAAAGCCUCGUUGGUUAAUGUGAACGCAGCAAAUCAUCUCAUUGGAGAGUUUGAAAAGGGAUUUCCUCCCGAACUUGGUUCUAAAAACAUGCGAGUUACACAGUUGAAAGAAUCAGAUAAAAUGAACCCUCAGAUGACUGUAUUCUUGUCUGUUCUCAAUGGUGGUGAAUCCACAGACCAACAAAUUCUACCCACUCUGGGACAAGAUAUUCAGCGUCUUAUUGUGUGGCAGCUGAUCUACACUCUAGAUCAACAAUUAACCCCACUUCGAUUACCGUAUGCUCUUGAACCCGAUAUCACCACCUCUGCUGAUUUCGGACUUCAAGUGAACACUUACGUUGAAACUCACUCCCUGUUUCUGAUCAUACAUGGUAAAGACGUGGUCUACUUAUGGCACGGCUGGUGGCCUGAUACGGUUACUAACGGGGGAUCCCAACUUCCCUCACGGAAAUCCUCAUUUUCUUCGAAAACUGGUCCUACUGAGACGAGUUCGGUAGCAAUGCGUCGCAGGAGACUGGUUAAUGUACCCACUCGGCCAACAAGUCUUCCGGUUGAGUCGAUUCUUCAAUCAUCGUCGCAUAUGUCGGCGGGUGCCACCAACACCACUGCUGUGUCACCCUCGUCGCCUCUCGUGGAGGCAACGAGCCUAAAUCAUCGCUUUAUCACCGCUCGUCUCACCGCCUUGAGAUGUGCGCUCAGCUUGGCCCAAAGAAAAAUAUUUGAUAGGAAUGUGAACCAUAAUAGCGGAGGUUUUGCACCACAACAGAAUGGGAAAUCGCCCGAUCAAAUAGAUAACGUGGAAGAUGUUCUUGAUCAACUGGAGAAAAUGAAGUUCAGUCUUCAAGAACUCCAAAAGAAUCCUAAACCACCAGAUUUAGACAUUACUCAACGCGUUUCAUAUGUCUCGAGAAGCCUUCUCGGAAUUACCAGAGUGGAAGAAGCUCAACUUGAAGAGAAAUUUGAAUUUAUUCUGAAGCUUUGCGUAUGCGUGCCUCUUCUACUUACUUAUUUACCCCAUCAUGUGAUAUCCAUCCCUUUCCCCACCGCCCAGGAUUUUAUCGAAUCUGAUCUUUCCUUCCUGCACUUAGCUGUCAACGUCUGUCUUGAUUUGUUUCCUUUUGUUGCGAUGGAUUUGUUGGGUGGGGUGGGUAGGGGUUCGGAUUAA